GAGGAUGCUUUUUAUGGACUUGUUCAUGAUACUAUACCUGAAGUAACAGUCACAUAAAAACAGAACAGAAGCGAACGAAGAACAAAACGUUUUGCCUUCACGCUGACAUUAUCUAGCAAGAUUUAUAAAAGACAAUGCCUUCCAGUGAAAGUGGCAGUGUGGAUUCAUCUGAAGGGAAAAGUCAUCUGAAAAGUGUGAUUAAGGCAACAGAGCCUAUUGAAGAAUAUGUUGAUAUUUCAAGGUUAAGUGAUGAGAGUGAUAAUAAUAAAGAAAAUAGUGAACGUAAUUGGCGAAAACGCAAGGAUACAGGAUCCUUAAAAAAGAAAUAUGAUCGAGAUCAAUCACCAAGACAGAAAUAUUCCCGUAGAAGUGAUUCCUAUAGUGAUAAUGAAAAUAGCGAUUUAAAUAGACGAAGUAAAAGAUACAGCAAGUAUAAUAAAAAUGACAAUAUAAGGUCAAGGUCUUACAAAUAUCAAGACCUAGAUCGCCCUGCUUCUGAAGAUGAUGUAGAGUUUGAACGUUCUGAGAAUUAUAAACGAAGAAGAAAAAGAAGAGGUGAAAAAUCUGACGAAGAUGAGGAAGUAAAAAAUAAAGAUCAGAACGACACAAAAGAAGUAAAACAAGAGAGAAAGAAGAAAACCAUUGAAGACAUUUUCACAAAAACAGGAGGUGCUUAUAUACCACCAGCAAAACUUAAAAUGUUGGCUGAAGGUCUGACAGACAAGACCAGUUUUGCUUAUCAAAGAAUGGCUUGGGAAGCUUUAAAAAAGAGUAUAAACGGUUUAGUGAACAAGGUGAAUGUGUCAAACAUUGGGCAUAUAGUAGAAGAACUCUUACAAGAAAAUAUUGUACGAGGAAGAGGGUUAUUAUCCCAGUCAAUUAUUCGUGCACAAGUAGCAUCACCGACUUUUUCAAAUGUUUAUGCUGCAUUGGUUUCUAUCAUUAAUACCAAGUUUCCAAAAGUUGGUGAGUUAAUUCUGCGACGUUUAAUCAUACAAUUCAGAAGAUCGUUCAAAAGAAAUGACAAGAAUGUUUGUAUCAAUUCAGUCAAAUUCAUAGCCCAUCUUGUCAAUCAGCAAGUAGCACAUGAGCUGCUCUCUCUCGAAAUUCUUACACUUCUUCUACAGAAUCCAACUGGUGACAGCGUUGAAGUAGCAAUCAGUUUCUUGAAAGAUAUUGGACAAAAAUUAACAGAAGUAUCAGCUAGGGGUAUAAAUGCUGUUUUCGAAAGACUUAGAAAUAUUCUUCAUGAUUCGGCAACAGAAAAAAGAGUCCAGUAUAUGGUUGAAGUGAUGUUUGCUAUUCGUAAGGAUGGUUUUAAGGAUUAUCCAGCAGUAGUUGAAGGACUUGAUCUUGUGGAAGAAGACGAUCAAAUCACACAUCUGCUACGAUUGGAAGAUGCAGGAUCAGCAGAAGAUACUCUCAAUGUAUUCAAGCUUGACCCUGAUUAUGCAGAAAAUGAAGAAAAGUAUAAUCAAAUUAAGAAAGACAUACUUGGUGAGGAUAGCGACUCUUCUGGUGAUGAAGAUGAUGAAGAUGAUGAUGAUGAAGAGGAAAAUGAGGAAGAAGAAGGAGAGACAAAAGAAGGUGAAACUAUGGAAAUUGUCGAUAUGACAGAAACAAAUCUCGUGGCGUUAAGAAGACUAAUUUAUCUUACGAUUCAAUCUAGUUUGGACUUUGAAGAGUGUGCGCAUAAAAUGAUGAAACUGAAUAUAAAACCAGGCCAAGAGCAUGAAUUUUGUGCAAUGGUUGUCGAAUGUUGUGCUCAACAAAGAUCAUAUGAAAAAUUUUUUGGUUUACUUGGUCAGAGGUUUUGUUUGUUGAAAAAAGAAUUCAUGGAACAAUAUGUGAUUAUAUUUGCCGAGCAGUAUGAGUCAUGUCAUCACCUGGAAACGAACAAGUUAAGAAACACAGCUAAAUUCUUCGCACAUCUUCUACACAGUGAUGCUAUAUCAUGGACAGUAAUGGAAUGUAUCAAGCUAAACGAAGACGAUACAACCAGUUCAAGUCGAAUUUUCAUCAAGAUUUUGUUUCAAGAGUUAGCAGAGUAUCUUGGUAUUCCGAAAUUUAAGAAACGACUCAACGAUCCUAUUGUCGCUCCUUAUUUGGAAGGUAUUUUCCCACGUGACAAUCCGCGUGACACACGAUUUUCGAUUAACUUCUUCACAGCAAUCGGUUUAGGCGGUCUAACUGAUGAGUUACGACAGCAUUUAAAAAAUAUGCCUAAAGUGAACGCUCUUGCUCAACAAGUCGCUGCUGCGGCAGAAGAAUCGUCAUCAUCAUCAUCAUCAUCAGAUAGUAGUUCUUCUGAUUCCAGUUCGAGUUCAGACUCUUCGGAUUCAGAAUCAGAAGAUGAAUCUCAUCAACGAAAAAAAGAGAAAACGCAACCGACAAGGCGACGACGUGACUCAACACCAGAACGUAACCGAGAAAAACGAAAGAGAAGUCCUAAAAGAGAGCAUUCCUCAAGUAAAGAUAGGUCACGUGGCGAGACAAGGUCACAUGAAAGAAGAUCACGUGAGGACAGGGAAAAUGGUAGAUCGAAAGAGAGAAGAAAAAGAUGACAUCAUAAGCUUGUUCUUUCACAAAGCACGAUCGUGCGCAAAUUUGUUACAUAGAAUGUGGCGUGAGAGCCAAACUGUGUACUGAAAGCUCGCGAAAAGAAACUUCUAUCCUAAAGAAGAAAAUAACAUAAACAAACUCAAACUGUAUUAUUAAACUAACUUUUAAUAUGUUAAUUUUUAACUUUU